AUGAACAUCACCUCGUGUCCCAUCACCUAUUACGGACGGAAGUAUGACAAAGUUUACGUGGCCUUCAGUGCAAACAGAUUUGCGGUUUGCUUCAACGGUUUAUACAAACCUGGGAUCAAAAACGACUGUAUUCUGAUGUCUGGAGGCACCGCUGACAGAGGUGACCUGGCAGUGCUUUCUAAAGAAAUACCGACUGGAUCCGGGGUUCAUAAACUCCUGCCAAACCUGAAGAAUGCCGGGAAAUGUGUGAACGUAAUACCACUGAAGGACGGCCAACAAUCUGACAUUGAACAAGUCGAACUGGGAAACUUUGGGUCCCAAGCAAUUUUGGGAAUCAGGACGUAUUCUGGGUACACAAAUGUUACUGUGGAGGCAGAUGCUCUGGUAAACGGUCUCACGGUGUCCAAACUGAAAUUCCAGACGGCUCAGACGAAUAAAGGCGUCAUCACAGACAUGAGUGGAUGCAGACUCUCAGGUGUUGUUUAUAAGACAAAUACGACAGUGAAGGACCCGAACAUCUGCUCUACGGUAACCUGUGACGUGAGUGGUGUCGCUACUGCCGUCAGUGACUGUGGGCCAAUGGAGCGUUGCCGAGGAAAUGGACGUUGCAUCUUGAACUCUGUGUGCACUGUGACCGGCUCCACCAUCAUAGAUUUCAUCGGCAGAGGCCAGUCUGUCUCCGAUCGCUGUGGUUACACUCUGCUGAAGCCCUCGUCCAUCCCAGGUUUCAGGGUGUUGGGGAUUUUCCAAGAAAGACGGCGUAGAGAUGUUAGCUUUCUGGACCGUGUGAUACUGCAGCUGGACGGGGAAGGCAUUCAGGUUUCUCUGGAACAAGGUGGCAGAGUUCAGCUGAACAACACAGUGCUGACACUCAACGCCACGGCUCAGGUGGUCCACGGCGUGGAGCUCUCCAGGGACCAGACAGGUGUGACUGCCAAGAUAUCGGCCUCCAACUACACAGUUUCUGUCCUCUUUGAUGGUGACACCACACUAAUCCACAUGACAGGACCACGUGGAGCAGCUGUGCACGGUUUAUGUGGCAACUCGAGCAGGACUCUGAAUGAAGACAGGGUUUCUGAACACAGUUCCACUGACUGUAAGACAAAAUACAACGAUGCUGCUGACAAUACAAUCAACUGCAACGGCUCUAUGAAAUGGUGUAAGCUCCUGACGCAGGCUCCCUUCGCUGCCUGCAACAUGUACAUUGACCCGGAGCCCUUCAUCACUGCUUGCACACAAACUUUAUGCAAAUACCCUCCGGCGGACGGCCUAAAGUGCCAGUUCCUGGAGGCCUACGCUCGGGCCUGUAAGCACCUCAGCAAUGUGACGGCGAAGGACUGGAGAUCAAAGACCAGCUGCUCCGCUGUUCCUCAGCCUGUCCUCUGUCAGGACAAGUUCUGCAGCGAGCACGAGUUCUGUGGCGAGGACGGCAACAGUAGGGAAACCCGAUGCCUCUGCCGGGCCACUUUCGCCUCCAAGUAUAAACCAACUAGUAGCUUUGGUGAGCCAAUCGUCUGCAAGAAUAAAUCUGCCUCGGUAACUCUGGCCAACUGUCUCUUGGAGGAUGAAGGCAUCGACUACUCUGUCCUCCACCUCAAUGACGGGGACUGCAAAGCAGAAAUGGACAACCUGACCCACAUGGUGACGUUCAGCUUCAACAGCAGCAACACUUGUGGCACAGUGAUCAUGGCAAACAAGAGCCAAGUCAUCUACAAGAACACCAUCAUGUCACAGAACGUCUCCAUGAUUGACCCAAUCAUCCGUCACGGCCCAGUGCAUAUCGACUUCUCCUGUUACUACAGCCAGCCGGAGGUCAAGAGUUUGGGCAUCAAACUCAAACAUAGCUCCGUGAACCAGCAGAUGACUUCUGGAGAAUUUAAUUAUAAUCUGACCAUGAGGGCCUACACCAGCGCUGACCGCCUCAAAGCUAUCAAGUCGAGCACAGACAUCGGACUGAAUGCAAGACUCUGGGUGGAGCUGAAGACAAACGGGCUGGAUGAAAAAAUGGUCGCUGUGGUGACCGACUCCUGCUGGGCAACCAAUCAACCGUCACCAAACGGAAGCCUGAGACACGACCUGAUCAUCAACGGCUGCCCGAACCCUACUGACCCAACGGUGAAGAUGGAGGAAAACGGAUUGGGAACGUCCAACUACUUCUCUUUCAACACGUUCCAGUUCUCUGGCAAGACUGGUGAAGUCUACUUGCACUGCAGAGUGCUUCUGUGUGUUCUGCAAGCAAAUACCUGCACCCCGAGCUGCAGCCAAAGUCACAGAAGGCGCAGGUCUGCUAUGCCAAAAUAUGUGGAUGAAAACCCGGGCUUCAUCACCUUGGCCUGGACCCAUUAG